AUGAGCGGUAAGGCUCUAACGGAAGAUGGGUUGGAUAACCCUGUUGAGAAUACGGCCUCUUCUGCUUCAGGGGACGAUGAGGAGAUGUUGCUGGAACCAAGAUUCAAGUAUACCAGGAUUCUUAAUAACAUGCCAUCGAUUUUAGCGAAAGAUUCGGCUAGUAGCAUAGCAGUACAUGAUAAAUUCAUUGCAAUUGGUUCUCAAAAUGGUUAUGUAUAUAUAAUUGAUCACUUAGGAAAUUUGCAUCCUGAAAAUACGGCACGGCAUCACCGUUGCGCAGUGACAUGUGUGGUUGUUGACUUGUCUGGAAACUACAUGAUUAGCUGUGCAUCAGAUGCCCGGAUUUGCAUAUGCAGUAUUGGCUCGACAGAAUUAAAGCAGGUUACUCUGGAUCUGAAGUUCGUCACAAAGUGCGUUGCGAUCUCUCCGGAUUUUGGGAGACGAAACUCUGGUCAGCCGUUCAUUACGGGAGAUAGGGAUCUUGUUUUAUAUGAAAAGAAACUAUUUUUGAAUUAUCGGAGUAGUACACUCUAUCAGGGGAUGGACCGUGAUGGAUAUAUUUUACAAAUUUCGUGGCAUGGGCCUUAUGUAUUGUUCACUAAUAAUACUGGAAGUAGGGUUUAUGACAGGAGCCUAGACAGAAUUAUUGCAUUAAUUCAGCCUUCUCAAGACGAAAUUACAAACCAUGCUUGGAAAGGUUCACCUUCCCACUGUUGGCUAAAUGAUGCUAAAUUUGCUGUUGCAUGGAAUAACAGCAUUCGUGUUUGUGCAGUCAUUGAGGCUUCGGAUUUUCAGAGGGUGGACAAAUCUGUUCCGGAAAAAAAGGUGGAAGUCCAUUACUCAUGGAAGCUUGAUAUGUACAUAGCUGACAUAUCAUACACUCUUAAAGAUUCUUCACUAGAGAAUUGGGCUGAAAUAGUUGUGUUUGGUCUAAAAAAACCGCUCUCGGAAAAGAGACCGAAUGAUGAAAUGGAUGUAGUUUUGUCACUAUUGGAGCCUGAGGACCUUGACAGCUACAUUUUGACUGCAGAAGAUCGUCUUGAAAUGCGUAACUGUGGUUCUUCGGCUUUACGAGAUUUUCAUAUGGCUGCUUUGCCGUACGAGUCGCUCUACUUUUUGUUGGCUCCAAAGGAUUUCAUCGAAGCGAGGCCCUGCUCCGCUGACGAUCGGGUUCGAUGGUACGUGGACAAUGGGAUGCUUCGUGAGGCAAUGCAUUACGCUAACGAGCAUGAAAAUCAGCUUGUUGAAAUAUCUGCGGUUGACAUUGGUAAGGAAUAUGUGAACACGUUGAUUGAACAAGGGAAAUUUAGUCAGGCUGCGGCAUGUCUCAAAAUAGUGUGUGGUAGAAAGAAAGAUCGAUGGGAGUAUUAUGUAAACGAAUUUGAGCAACAUAACGUGGUUCUACAACUAGCCAAAUAUAUUCCAACUAAAGAUCCUCAACUGGAGCCAGAAUCGUACCAGAGUAUUUUAGUUGCAGCGCUUUACAAUCAUCCUGUUCUGUUUUAUAGGCUUAUAAAAGUAUGGAAUCCUGAUAUCUACCGGGUAGGCGCUAUUACUGACAUGGCAAUGAAGCGUGUUAUUAAUGACCACCUCAGUGAAAAGGAUGCAAUUUCAAUUUACCGCUCUCUCGCGAGUUUAUAUACGUAUGAAAGGAAGUACGAACAGGCGCUCAAACUGUAUUUAUCAAUGAAUGAUAAAAGUGUUUUUUCACUUAUUGAGCGAUAUCAUCUGAUAGAAAUGGUAAAAUAUGAUGUUGCAAAGUUGAUGCAAAUUGAUUCUUCUUUGGCGUUACGGCUUCUUAUUGACAACCAUGGAUGUCUGCGAGCGAAGGACGUAAUUUCUCAGCUAGCCCAAUUUCCUGAGCUGCAGUUAGCAUAUCUUAAUAUGCUUUACGAAAGAAAUGAAGAGGAGGAAUUUGCUGAUUUAGCCGUGGAAUUGUAUGCUAAGCAUGAACCAGAGAAACUUUUGCCGUUUCUUAGGAAAAGCGAAUCUUACGACAUUGCCAAAGCACUGGAUGUUUGCGAAAAAAAUGAAUUAAUAAAUGAGAUGGUGUUUCUGCUGGGUAGAAGCGGUAACUUGAUUCGCGCUUUAAAUCUGCUUAUCAAAAAAUUAAAUAGGAUAGAUUUAGCCAUAGAUUUUUGUCUUGAAACGGAUGAUGGCGACUUAUGGGAGGCUUUGAUAGACAGUUCAAUGAGUGAACCAGAGAGUAUAACAAAGUUGCUGAAUAUUGCUGGUAACUACAUCGAUCCUCUUAAUAUAAUUGAAAAGGCACGCAUUGUUUCCAUCCCGUGUGAUAUGGUAAUUCCCGGACUGAGGGAGUCUUUAGCCAAGAUAUUGAGUGAUUAUGAGCUGCAAGUACAAGUGCAGAAUGGGUGUAGGAUGGUGACACUGGAGGAUUGUAGUAAUCUGUUUAGAAGAUUUGUUGAUGCCUGUAAGCGACCAGCCAGUGUGAAGAGCACAUCUCAUUGCGUUAUUUGCAGGUAA